AUGAAUAAUAAAAAGAAUUGUACUAUUUUUCCCGUUUAUCGUUCUAAUGAGAUCCAGAAAGGAACAUUGUAUUAUAUCUCAUUUAAAUUACUUUGCUUAAGUUUAUAUAUAAUUGGAUUUUAUUAUGUUUUGUUAAAUAAUUCUUUAGAAAAUGGCAGCUUAGAAAUAUCUAAAAAUUGUAAUAUAUAUAAACGAAAUUUAGUUCAGGUAGAAAAAAGUAAGGGGCAAAAAAGUAAAAAACAUUUAAAACAUAGAAAAGAUGUGAAUAAAACAAAAGACAAUGAAAAUAAUAUAAAAGGCAAUGCACAACAAGUAGAUGAAAAUAAAAAUAGUAUUAAAAAUAAUGGUGAGAAUAGUAAUGUGGAAAAGAAAAGUAAUGUUUCUACAUGUAAUAUAAAUUAUAAUGAUAUGUCAAAGAAUUUAACAGAAACUGAAUUAUAUGAGGUUUUAAAUUCAUUUGAAGAAUGUCCACCAAACGACGAUCUUAGAAAUAUAUGGAAUCAUUCACUUGCUGUCGCAAAAGAAGGUUUUGAUAAUAUAUUGAAAGAGUUAAAGGGAAAAAUACAAAAUUAUUUAGAUAAUGAUAUUCAAUUGAAAAAUGGAAAACUCCUAUAUAAGGAUACAUGGGAUAGAAUUGUUUUGAAAUUUUGUAGAACUGUAGCAAUAGAAGAGGCAGAAUACACUAGAAAAUUUUAUAGCUUAAUUAAUGAUAAACAUACAAUUAAUGACGUGGUAAAAUUGAUUUAUUCAUUCAUAGAAAAUUUUAAUACAUUAAAAGAGGAACUACAUGAAAAUUGCGAAAAGGAACUCUUAGAAAAUGUUAAUAAAAUUGCUAAUCGUAAAAAGUAUUAA